AUGAGUGUGUACACGCUGAACCUCAGGGUCUUCUGGCUUCUGGUCUCGUGCAUUCUGGGCAGCCUGCUGCUCUUGCAUCACUUACUCCUGCGAGGACCUGACGACCCCGGAGACGACUGCUCCGACCAGGGGCCCGGAGUCCUCUUGCUCUUGAAAUAUGUCUUUGCUUUCGCUCUCUGUUACUUCUUCAUCAAGUACUGCUUGUCUAAACCUAGUUCUGCCAAGCGAGCUGUCCACGCGGCGGCCAAACCCUCGGUUCCUAAACGGGAGUUGCUGGACGAGCACUUUGAAAGACACGUGCGCCUUUCGCCGCACGUCCUGGGCCACAGCAAGGCUAACGUGGCCAAACUGGUGAGCGAGCUGGUGCGGGUCGGCCGGGCUGACAUUGCUCCCGAGUCGUCCUUGGCGUUCCGCGGGGACAUCGUGCAGAUCGGAAGCUCGUAUGAGGAGCACAAGGUGGGCGCUCCUGACUGCUUCGACAUCCUGAUCCCGCUCAGGCUACCUCGCGGGCUCAAACUGGAGCCUUCCAGUUAUUAUCGCGGUGGGGCACCGAUGGUCAGUCUGGAGAUACCUCGAAAGGAUGAGUGGCUGCGUCGACACAAAACCUUCACCGAUUAUUUUCUGCGUUCACACGGCUCACCGGGAGUUUAUAGGCUGAGCCCGGAGUCUGUCCUGCGCUGGUUCUAUGGCGCCACCCAAAGAUGUCUCUCAGCCGUCCGGUACCCGUUUGAGCAACGGUGCUCCCUUAAUCUUUCUCUCACUGAGGGGCAGCGCGUUCAGCUGCAGCUCACGCCUCGUCUGGACUACGUCUGCUGCCACAUUUCCAUGGGCGUUCGACUCAUCCCGGCUCUGCCUUUGGGUGAUUCAGCUUUUUUGGUUGCAGCCCCUGGCAUGCAGAAGUCACAGGAAAUAUGGACGGUCUACUUUCCAAAGCAGGAGCAGAAACUUCUAGGGUGGCUGAAAGGCAGACUUCCUUCCAAUUCCUGUCAUCUGAAGUGCGUUCAGCUGCUCAAAGAGGUUCGGGACCUUGGGGGUCAAACGUUGGACCAACAAGCUGGCGCAGAGUGGAGAGGGGUUCUUUCGUCUUACACCUUAAAAACCGCUUGGCUCCGUCUACUCCUGAGCACCCCGUCUGAGGCCUGGGACGAUCGCCACCUGAUGGACAGAAUGGAAGACCUGAUGCGCUUCCUUCGAGACGGACUACAGGCCCGGACUCUCCGGCACCUCCUCCUAGGUGGUGAUGGCAACCUUCCUGAAUCCGUAGCUUUGCCGAAGCUCGUCAAAGAGAUGGUCCCGUCCAACCUGUGGGCUGAGUUUAACCCUGCCUCUCUGGAUCUGGUUUCUGCUCGUCUGUCCUAUUCCUGGGCUCACCUUCCUCGCCUCAUCCGCCUCGGCCGUCCGCAGAGGAGCUCUCUAGGCCGCCGGGUCCGCUGCAAGCACAUCGACGCCGAAUAG